UUUCAUACACGCUUUCCGUUUGCUCUCUUUCUUACUCACUGAUCACUCACUCAUCUCGAGAUCUUGAAGACCCUAAAGGAAUAUUAAUAAUCUGUCAGUGAUGAUCAUUCUCGAUUAACUCGUCUAACAGCAACAUUACAUUCUACAGGGAAACCCCACAUUGGAACUUCAUGGAUUGGGAUCUUUGGGGUCCACCAAAUGAUAUAGUGGCAGAAGAAAGCGGUUUUGAUAAUCCCCAGCGUGACUUUUACUUUGAUGUGAUAGAUGAAGAAGCUUUGAAUGAGAAAUACCGUGUGUGGGUGCUGAGGAUUUUGAUAAAGAAGGCAGAUACAGAGAUUCUUGAACUGGAACAAGAUUUGUUAUCCUCGCAGACUGAACUAGCUUGGGUUGAAAAUGAAGACUGGCCUGAUGUAUGUUGUAAUGCUUUGAGAGAGAAGAUUGAUUUCCUGGAUAUCUCAAUAAAAUAUUUGAGGAAUAAAGACAAGAAUGAUAUUGAGGUUCGUUUACUAAUGUAUACACAACCUGUUGAAACAUUGGACGAAAUUUUGAAGGCCCUUUUCAGAAAUUACAUCCGCAAAAGAGAUAAGCAGCUUAAGGAUGCCAUUGUCUUGGGUUCAAGCUCAGAUGCUCCACGACACACAACCAAUGGUUUGGAAAAGGAGAAAAGGUUGAGCAACUGCAAUUUGGAAACAAUUACAAGUGAGAAAACCAAGGACUGUAAUUCUACUCCAACAGAAUAUGGUGCAGUUUUAAGUCCAUCUUUGAAUCUUCAAGAGAAGAAAACUGGCAAUUCAAAGCGUACGAGUGCUGAUAUCAAAGACUUCUCCCCACAGUCUUCAGAAGUGGCACCUGAUUUCUCUGAUGAGAAGAAAUCACUGAGCUUCUGUGGUCCAAAAUAUACUGGGAAAAGGGAUGCCAGAGAGCGUGGGUUAGCUCCAAAAGAUGAAAAACUGAUCCAAAGUUCAUCUUCAAAAUCUGCAUACAAGGGAAGACAUGGUCUAAAAUCAGUUAAAGUUGAGCCUACAGAAAAUAGUGUGAGUAAUUCCACUAUAUACGCUUUGGAAAAUGCAGUUGUCCUCUCCUACAAGGAAAAACCUGGUGAUUCAGAUUCAACUGCAACCAAAGAAGUUGAAGAACACAGUUCUAUAUCUACACCUGAUGUUGUCAUCUCAAGUUCUUUGAAGCCUAUGGCGAAGAAAACAGAUCUCGGAAAAAUAGUCAAGCCUGCGGGUGCUAUUAUAAAAAAUGUUAGUGCAGAAGCUCUGAGACGUGCAGCUGGCCUCAAUGCAAAGAAAAACAAUUCUGAUUGUGCACUAGGUACUUUUAAACAGGCUAAUUGCAGUGACUCUGAUAUAGAGCAAAAAUUUUGCGAGUUUGCUCCAAAAGCAGCACAAAAACGAAGUGUGAAAGAAUUAAAGAUUGCUGCAGCUCACGAUAUAGUUUCAUUGAAGUCACCUCAGAAGACAAAUGGCAAAAAGAAAACUCCUUUAAUUGUGAAGUUGAGAGAAACUGAUCUGACUGACACUGAAAAUUGUGCCUUGACUUCACUUCUAGAGAUGCAAGAUCAUGAAGGGAAAAAUGCAGCCAAGCUGCAGCCUGAUGAAGAAAAACCUAUGCUAGUUGAAGUUCAGAUGACUGAAACUUCUGCUGAUGAGGAAAGGUCCAGCAUGAACUUGUUAUCGAAUCCACAGAAAGAAAAGGGAAAGAGGAAUAUCAAGUCAAAUCCACCAAUUGUCCAUGAAACUGUUUUCUCCAAACUGAUACUUAAUUCAAGCUCGUCUUCUAUUUCAGAAAGCAAUAAGAAACGAAAAUCCAGAGUUGGCCCACAAAAUUCCAGUUUAAAUAAGUCUUUGAGUGGGAAGAUCACAAAGAAAGCAGUUCGGGCUGACAAGGGUGAAACUAAAGAACAUGGUGCAGCAACUGAUAAUACCCCAAAUUCAUUAUUAGAGCCACAGAACAAGAAAAGGGUAUGUGUAAAUUUUCCUCACCUUUUGGGGACUGAAGAUUCAUCUGUUCAAAUGGAUUUAUCUAGUUCGCUUGGGGACACAAUUGAUGGUGCAAGAAACGAUGACCUUUCGGUUGAGAAGUCUUGCUCAAUCUGUGAUUCCAGUUAUGAGGUUGUGGCAUCAGGGAUUGCUGAUAUAAGCAACUUGAGGGACUUGCGUUUACCUAAACUGAGGACUAUUGCAGGCCGACUUAAACUAACCAAAUAUAGUAAGCUUCGGAAGGAGUUGCUAGUUGAAUUGAUAUCCGAGCGUCUUGCGAAUUGAUGAGCAUUUAAGUCGUACAGAUCAUUAUCCUUCUUAUCUUUGCUUCCUCGUCCAUAUUUUUGUAGGUUUCUAGUUUGACCGUGUUUUUAUGGCUCCAUUGGUAUAAGCUACUGCAUUAUAGACCAAAGGUAUACCUCAAUAUCCGUAACGACCCAACACAUGUCCACUUGAGAUAUUGACUUGUAUACAUGAAAAAGGACAAGUGAGAUUUUACAAAUGGAAUGGAGGGUCUCCCUCUUCUCAGGUCUAGUUUAUGGUUU